AAUUUGCAAGUACAUAUACAACAAUCAAGAAAGUAGAUUUAAUUUAAUUCUGAGCUGUUCAAAAUUUAGUAGUAUUAUGCUCUGAGUCUCCAAUUGUUGAUAAUCCUUUAAUAUAAACAUCUUUUAAAGUUAGUGUCAUUCUAUUCUGCGGGAAAAGAUGGGAGCCUGACUAUCCAGGAAGUUGGUGAGAAUUUUGGCAUUACACCCAGAAAAAAGCACAAUUUAACUAACAAACCUGUAUUUCAUGAGGGCUGCCGUUUUUCAUCGUGACUGUUACUAGCCAAUACAAAAAGAGGUGUGGACACUGUCAACGUCUACAACCAACUUGGAAUGAUCUGGGAGACAAAUACAACAACAUGGAAAAUCCAUCAGUCUAUGUUGUAAAAGUGGAUUGCACUAUAGAUAUUCCACUCUGCUCUGAAUUUGGAAUCAGAGGAUACCCCACCCUAAAGCUGCUUAAGCCAGGCCAAGAACCCGUGAAAUACCAGGGUCCUAGAGACUUUCAGGCACUGGAAAGCUGGAUGUUGCAGACACUAAAUGAGGAACCAGCUGAGCAAGAAUCUGAUCUGCAACCACCAAAACUUCCGGAACCUAAACAGGGAAUGCAUGAUCUCUCAGCAGCCAAUUUCAAGAUGCAUAUAGAAGAAGGUAAUCACUUUAUCAAAUUCUUUGCCCCUUGGUGUGGCCACUGCAAGGCUUUGGCUCCAACCUGGGAACAGCUGGCCUCAGUUCUUGAACAUUCUGAAACUGUCAAGAUUGGCAGGGUUGACUGUACACAGCAUUAUGAAGUCUGUUCUGAAAACCAAGUUCGUGGAUAUCCCACUCUCCUCUGGUUUAGCAAUGGUGAAAAGGCUGACCAGUAUAAAGGAAAGAGGGAUUUGGAUUCAUUAAAGGAAUAUGUCGAUUCUCAGCUACAAAAUGCCGAGAAAGCUCCAGAUGCUGAUAAGCCACCUGAAGUUCCACAGCAGCCUGGAGAACCCACUCAUGAUGAGCCUACAGUCCUGUCUCUCUCUGAAAAAGACUUUGACCAAACCAUUGCUAAAGGAGUUACCUUCAUUAAAUUCUAUGCUCCAUGGUGCGGUCACUGUAAGAACUUGGCUCCAACUUGGGAGAACCUCUCCAAAGAACAAUUUCCAGGUUUGACAGAUGUCAAAAUAGCAAAAGUAGAUUGCACCAUCGAACGUAACGUCUGCAACAGAUUUUCUGUGAACGGUUAUCCAACACUGUUGCUUUUCCGAGCAGGGGAGAAAGUCAGUGAACACAAUGGAGCCAGAGAUCUUGAAACGCUGCAUAAGUUUGUUAUGCGUCAGGCAAGGGAUGAAUUGUAAAACACACAUGGAUACUUCUGCCCUGACUGUUCUUGUACACUAAUGGGGAGAGUUAAAUCAAGUUAAUGUUAUUGAUUUUCAAAGGGGGGCGGGGUUGGUUUUUUGUUGUUUUUGAAAACUGAAUGUACUGACUUGUGGUAUCUUCCUUGUGUGUGUGUUUUAAAGCCACACUGUACUGAUUUUUUCAUUGUUUGUCAAGGAAAACUGGUAACAAAUAGUUACUGUGCAAAUUGAGUAUUUUCAGCAUCAGUAUUACUACAUUUCUACCUUCCCCUGUUGAGAUAUAAAUGGUUUCCUUUGAGCCUAAAAUAGAUGAGGAAAAUCAAGUUAAGGGACUGGGUAAACUAUUUUUGUCUUCAGGUUGAAUUUGGGUAAAGGCUUGCUACCAAAGUACAGCUUAUAAAGUGUUCACCAUUACUAGAAAGGUGCAAGCCACAGCUAUAUUAAUAAAUGUUGCCUUUUCAACUGAAGCUAAAAAUUCUGUCUUAAUAUAGCAGCUGGUCAAAAAAUGGGAGGUUGAAAAAGAGAAAACACCUCUUUGGAAGAUACCAGGCCACUACUGUUAAUAUUUCUCUAGUCAUGGGAGGCCCUAGCCAUUAUGAAAGUAGUGGUACUUUUACUAUGUGCCUGAAU